AUGAACAAAAGUAAAAAAAACGACCAAAUAGCUGACGUCUGGACUUGGAGCUAUUUAUCUUCCGUAGCGGGGAAAAAGCCUGACAAUGAAGUAGCCAUUUGUGGACGUCUUCGACCACAUGAUCUCAAUAUCGAGAGUGGUCCGGCGUCUGAGACUUGGGAUAUGAUGCCACAUCGGACUCUUUGCGGCCAGAAGCUGCUGCGAAGGGCAAACAAUGCGUAA